AUUGAGUCCAAAUCUCUGCCAAAUAUGCACGUCCACUUUGAGACUGAAAGUAUUUACUGCCCUCAAUACACCACCGCUGCUCAGAAAUUUUACCUCGAAUUGCACGACUCCCCGCGACCAUGGCCAAAACAGCAAAAGUGAAGAAGCAACAGCCCGCUCUCCAUUCCCGAGCUGCUCGUCGCGCUGCCUCACCCUCCCUCAACCUCGACAAAUCCAUCAAGACCAUGCCUCGCCCAUCUUCGCCUGUACCAAAGUCCUCCAGGGGCACUGCUAAACCCCAUGUUCUCGCUGCUGUCUCUACCGGCAUAUCAAAACGCUCCAAGUCGAAGCCGGUAAAGCGCCAGCAGCGACUACGCCAAGCUAGGGGUAUGGAGCGGGCUGCUGAUUUUAUGGAGAAGAUGGAGGUGAAGGUGCAAAAGAGUAUGGGAAGGACUAAGACCGUCAAGGAGAGGAGGAAGCCGUGGGAGGAGCUCAAUGGCGGGAUUGUUCCUAAGAAGGACCAGAAUCCGUUCGACUUGUUGGAGGAGGAUGAGAACGACGGAUGGGUUAGUGAUGAAGAGAUGGUACAAGUUCCAGUAGAGACACAGGACUCGUCACAUUACGGCACCGGAACCGAAGUCGCGCAGCCAGUUGUCGCCCCAGAGUCGAUACCAUUGCCUAUAGCUGACGGGCUGGAAGAAGAUGACAUACUAUGAGGAGGACUCGGGGUGGUCGGAUCUGGUGGAUAGAUCCGAUGACGGUCUACGAAUAAUGACUAUCCCGCAUCUCCUAGGAGGGAACCUCUUCGGUGAUGGGCUCGGGGAAUACAGAUACCCCAACAAUCAAAAUGAAGGCAACGGAACUCCUUUUAUCUGGUGCUUAGUACAGGAAAGUAGAUUGUGCACAGACCAUCGUUGACCUUGGUUGGCUGAGUGAGUUUAUAUAAUGUUUAAGAUGGUGAGCUUUCAAAUGUCGUUCAAUCAGUCUAAGUACCCAAAAGCGCUUCAGUACUGGCAAAAGGUCAUGGAAAGAUCCAUCUUAGUGCACUGUAAAAUGCACUGAAGUGCCCUAGAAGGUAUUCAAAUACGCUUAAAAACUAAUCCUCGAGUGUUUUAAGAGCCCCACUCUGAACUCCCCCGUCGGUAAAAGGUAG